AUGCAGUCGCGCGCCGUGGACACGCGCGUCACGCUGCAGGUGGCGGAGGGCGCGCCCGUGGGCACGCUGGUGGGCGCCAUCCCCACGCAGCCGGGCUUCACCUACCGCUUCAACGAGGCGCCGCGCGAGUUCUCGCUGGACGCGCGCUCCGGCGCCAUCCGCACCGCCGCCGAGCUGGACCGCGAGGCGCUGCGCUCCGACCGCUACGACCUGGUCGUGCUCUCCAGCCAGCCCACGUACCCGAUCGAGGUGCGCAUCAGCGUGCUGGACGUGAACGACAACGCGCCCGCCUUCCCCGAGCCCAGCAUCGCCGUGUCGUUCAGCGAGAGCGCGGCGCCGGGCACGCGCCUGCUGCUGGACGCGGCGUCGGACGCGGACGCGGGCGCCAACGGCGUCUCCGACGACUACCGCAUCGUGGCCGGCAACCGCGACGACAAGUUCCGGCUGGUGGUGACGGAGAGCCCCGCGGCCGCCGGGGAGCCGCCCUACGCCUACCUGCACCUGGAGACGACGGCGCGGCUGGACCGCGAGCAGGUCGCCUGCUACCGGCUGAACGUGUCGGCGCGCGACGGCGGCGACCCGCCGCGCUUCGGCUUCCUGCUCGUCAACGUCACCGUGCUCGACGUCAACGACAACCCGCCCAUCUUCGACCACAGCGACUACACCGUCUCGCUCAACGAGAGCGCGCCGCCGGGCACGCACGUCCUCCAGGUGACGGCGACGGACAGCGACGUGGGCGACAACGCGCGCAUCGCCUACUACCUGUCGGAGGGCGAGCGGCAGUUCGCGGUGGACGCGGAGACGGGCGACAUCACGACGGCCGAGCCGCUCGCCUGCCCGCAGCAGUCGUGCGCGAGCGCGCGCCCCGGCGGGCUCGGCGGCUGCCCCAAGAGCUGCGUGUUCACGGUGUUCGCGCGCGACCACGGCAGCCCGCGCCAGGACGGCCGCACCUACGUCACCGUCAACCUGCUCGACGCCAACGACCACGACCCGGUCAUCAAGUUCCGCUACUUCCCGUCCACGUCGGGCUUCGCGACCGUCGACGAGAACGCGGCCAACGGCUCGGUGGUGGCGGCCGUGUCGGUCGUCGACCAGGACGAGGGCCCCAACGGCGAGACGACGGUGGAGAUCCGCGCCGGCAACGAGCUGGGCCACUUCCGGCUCGACUGCACGCCCAGCUUCGACAUCGUGCGCGUGCACGGCGUGCUGGACCGCGAGCAGGUCAACAAGUACAACCUGACCGUGGUGGCGGCCGACCGCGGCUCGCCGCCGCGCACCGCCACCGCCUUCCUCAUCGUGCACGUCAACGACGUCAACGACCACGAGCCGGUGUUCGCCAAGAGCGAGUACUCGGCCGUGCUGAGCGAGCUGGCGCCCGCGGGCAGCUACGUGGCCAGCAUCGCCGCCGCCGACGAGGACUCGGGCGUGAACGCGCGCAUCUACUACGCGUUCGUGUCGGGCAACGAGCGCGGCUGGUUCGCCAUCGACGAGGACUCUGGCCUGGUGACGACCCGCGCGCCGCUCGACCGCGAGGCGCAGGACACGGCCGAGCUGCGCGUGUCGGCGCGCGACGGCGGGCCCAACCCCAAGUGGGCCUACACGCAGCUCAAGGUGGCCGUGCUCGACGAGAACGACGAGCGGCCGCGCUUCUCGCAGGAGCGCAUCGAGGUGAGCCUGCCGGAGAGCGCGCCCGCGGGCACGCUGGUGGCCAUGCUGACGGCCGAGGACGCCGACCAGGGCACCAACGGCUCGGUGGCGUACGAGCUGCCGCGGCCCGAAGACUACCCGGGCGCCUUCUCGCUGGACGCGCUCACCGGCCAGCUGACGACGCGGCGCGCGCUCGACCGCGAGCACGCCACCGUCGUGCUCACCGUGCUCGACGAGAACGACAACAGCCCCGCCUUCUACCCGGCGCACUACUUCGCCGCCGUGCCUCAACACCUGCCCGCCGGCGCCACCGUCCUGCAGUCGCACCGGCGCGCGGACGCUGCAUCGGCCGUGGGGUUGCAGGUGUCGGCGAGCGACCGCGACGAGGGCGCCAACGCCGAGCUGCGCUUCGCGCUGGAGGCGGGCGACGCCGCGCUCUUCGCCGUCGAGCCGCGCUCCGGCGCCGUCACGCUGCGCGCGCCGCUGCCGCCGCCGGAGGACGCCGGGGGCGACGACGACGUCGACGACGCCGGAGGCGGCGCCGGCGGCGGCGGCCCGGUGUGGCGGCUGCGCGUGUCGGCGCGCGACGGCGGCGGCCGGCGCGCAGACCCGGACGCGACGGUGGAGCUGGUGGCGAGCGCGCGCCUCGCCGCCCUCGAGUUCGACUCGGCCGCCGGCUACCACUUCGAGGUCGCCGAGGACGACGGCUGGGAGGCGGCGGCGGCGGCGCCGGCGGCGGGCGGCCGCGUGGUGGGCCGCGUGCGCGUGGCGCGCGCCCACCGGGCCGUGACGUACGCCGUCGUCGCGGGGGACCCGGAGGGCAGCUUCGCCGUGGACGCGGCGUCGGGCGUGCUGAGCACGCGCGGCCCGCUGGACCGCGAGCGCGUGGCGCGCUACAGCCUGCGCGUGCUGGCGCGCGCCGGGCUCGCCGCCGGCGAGGCCGUCGUCAACGUCACGGUGCUGGACCUGAACGACAACGCGCCCGAGUUCCCGGGCGCGCCGGCCGAGGUGCGGCUGGCGGAGAACGCGGCCGUGGGCCAGGAGGUGUGCCUCCUGGCGCGCGACCCGGACGGCCAGUUCGGCGUGGGCGCCGCCAGCGGCGUCGUCUACCUGCGGCGGCCGGUGCGCGCGCCGCCCGGCACCGCGCUCUCCGUCGAGGUGGCCGCCACCGACGGCGGGCAGCCGCCGCGCACCGCGCGCCACGCCCUCUCCGUGCUCGUCGUCGACGUCAACGACCACACGCCCGUCUUCGACCACACGUCGUACGAGACGUCGCUGCUCGAGUCGACGCCCGUCAACGAGCGCUUCUUCGCGCUGGCCGCGUCCGACGCCGACCUGGGCGCCAACGGGCAGGUGCGCUACGCCAUCAGCGAGGGCGACGCGGCCGGCCGCUUCGGCGUCUUCCCCGACGGCUGGCUGUACGUGCGCAGCGCGCUCGACCGCGAGCAGCGCGACUACUACUCGCUGCUGGUGACCGCGUCCGACGGCGGCGACCCGCCGCGCUCGUCGCAGGUGCCCGUCACCGUGCACGUCGUCGACGAGAACGACAACGCGCCGCAGUUCGCCAACGCCACGUUCGAGUUCCGCGUGCGCGAGAACGAGCCGCCCGACUCGUUCGUGGGCAAGCUGUCGGCGUCGGACCGCGACGUGGGCCGCAACGCCGAGCUGACGUUCGCGCUGUCGGGCGGCGCCGAGCAGCGCGACUUCACCGUCGACCCCAAGAACGGCUUCGUCAAGACGCUGCACGUGUUCGACCGCGAGCAGCUGGUGCGCGACACGGGCCAGAGCUACGUGGUGCUCGAGGCCACCGUCACCGACAACGGCGCGCCGCCGCUCGGCGACCGCGUCAAGGUGUACGUGCACGUCGCCGACGAGAACGACAACGCGCCGCGCUUCCUGCGCACGCCCUACCGCGUGCAGGUGUCCGAGGCGGCCGGCGUCGGCACCCAGGUGUUCCGCGCGUUCACGGCGGACGCGGACGAGGGCGCCAACGGGCAGGUGUGGUACGCGCUGGUCGGCGGCAACGAGGAGGGCCGGUUCGCGGUGGACGCGGCCACCGGCGUGGUGACGGUGGCGGCGCCGCUGGACCGCGAGCGCGCGCCCGCCUACCGGCUGCUGGUGGAGGCGCGCGACGCCGCCCCCGACGCGGCGCGCCGCCUCAGCGCCACCGCCGAGCUGGCCGUCGACGUGCUCGACGAGAACGACAACGCGCCGCGCUUCACGGCGCCGCUGCUGCCGCGCGUCUCCGUCGCCGAGACGACGCCCGUCGGCACCGAGCUGGCGCGCUUCGCCGCCGCCGACGCCGACGCGGGCGUCAACGCCGAGGUGAGCUUCUCGCUGGCGGGCGGCAACCGGCGCGACGCGUUCGGCGUGGACGCGGCCACGGGCGCGCUCUACCUGCACCGGCCGCUCGACUACGAGGAGCUGGCGGCGUACGCGCUCAACGUGACGGCGGCCGACGGCGGCAACCCGCGGCUCGCCACCACGCUGCUCUUCCGCGUCGACGUCGAGGACAGCAACGACAACCCGCCCGCCUUCCCCAACACGGCCAUCGUGCGCCAGAUCCGCGAGGGCAUCCCGCAGCGCACGCCCAUCGUCACGGUGGCCGCCGAGGACCCCGACUCGGGCGCCAACGGCGAGGUGGAGUACCGAAUCGGCGCGCAGCAGCCGCCGGGGCCGGCGCACUUCGGCAUCGACCCGGCCACCGGCGUCAUCCACACGCUGCUGCCGGUCGACCGCGAGGCCGUAGACACCUUCCGGCUGACCGUGGUCGCCACGGACCGCGCGCGGCCCCCGGCGGCGCGCCUCUCGGCCGAGAAGCUCGUCACCGUCAUCGUCGAGGACGUCAACGACAACGCGCCGCAGUUCGUGUCGAUGAACGCGGCCGUGCUGCCGGCGGCGGCGCGCCUGCCGCCCGGCGACGACGUGCUGGUGGCGGUGGUGCGCGCACGGGACCUCGACUCGGGCACCAACGGGCUCGUCACGUACGACCUGGUGAGCGCCGAGCCGGCCGCCGGCGGCGACCACUUCCGGCUGGACCGCAACUCGGGCGCGCUGACGGUGCGCCGCGGCGCCGCGCUGCCCGAGCCGCGCUACCACCUGGCCGUGAAGGCGAGCGACGAGGCGGUGCAGGCGGAGCGCAAGUCCAGCGACGCCUACCUCACCGUGCUGUCCGCGCCGCCGGCGGCCGUGUACGAGAACGAGCCGGCGGGCACGAGCGUGCUGCGCGUGCGCGCCGCCGUGCCGGGCGCGCCCGCCGCCGCCCUCGAGUACUACGUCACCAACGUGACGUGGGCGGGCGGCGCGCGCCGCCAGGCCGACCGCCUCUUCGACGUGGACGCGCGCCUCGGCGUGCUGAGCACGGCCGCGCCGCUGGACCGCGAGGCCGGCCCGCCCCACUACCUCGUCACCGUCGCCGCCGUCGUCGUCGCCGGCGCGCCGCCCGCCCUCGCCACCGCCACGACGGCAAUGUCGGCGGCACCUCGGCGUUUCAGUGAUUUCCGUGUGUGCCUGUACCGGCCGUCGGCAGACGGUUCCCGUAAGCUCCGAACGCUCGCUGUGGAUGCGUCUCGACGGUCAGCAGUGGCGGCGGCCGGCUCGCCCUGCGCCUGGCAGUGCUUUCGCUGCUGA